GUCUCAGACGACAGGCGGCCGUGGCCAUCAGCCAGGAGCUGAGCAGGUUCGCCUGCCGCAGCGCGGGGCCCGGUGCGUGGAUCAGCCAGGUCCGCAGGAGAAGCUCCCUGCUCAGCUCCAGGCUGGAGGAGAAGCCCUUCAGCGAGAUGGAGAUGUCCUACAUCAAGCAAGGCGAGGAAGCCCUGCAGAAAUCCCUCAGCAUCCUCGGGGACCAGGACGGCUGGAAGACAGAGACGGAGGCGGCUAACGGAGACAAAGUGCUGAGCAAGGUGCUGCCGGACGUGGGCAAGGUGUUCCGGCUGGAGGUGGUGGUGGACCAGCCCCUGGACGCGGUGUACGGCGAGCUGGUGGACAGGAUGGAGCAGAUGGGAGACUGGAAUCCCAGCGUCGAGGAGGUCAAGAUUCUCCAGAAGAUCGGGAAGGACACGGUGAUCACCCACGAGAAGGCGGCCGCGACGCCCGGGAACAUCGUGGGACCGCGGGACUUUGUGAGCGUGCGGUGCGCCAAGAGACGCGGCUCCACCUGCGUCCUGGCCGGCAUGGCCACCAAGUACGGAGCCAUGCCGGAGCAGGAAGGGUUCGUCAGAGCUGAGAACGGCCCCACCUGCAUGGUCCUGCGCCCGCUGUCGGGCAGCCCGUCGCAAACCAGGCUAACGUGGCUGCUCAGCAUCGACCUGAAGGGCUGGCUGCCGAAAACCAUCAUCAACCAGGUCCUGUCCCAGACGCAGGUGGACUUUGCCAACCACCUCCGGGGGCGCCUGGCCCGGACGGCGGCCGUGCGCUGCUGA